CUGCCGAGGGAGGGCUGCCACUCCCAGCUGCCUCUGGCAGCGCAGGCGCUCUGCUCUGCUUGCCUGCGUGGUGACGUCACCUCCGGGACUAUAAAAGCGAGGCGAGCGGCGUGCUUCUUCCUUUGUGCGGGAGCGUGGCGGGCAGCAUGGCACCGCAAAAGGACAGAAAAUCAAAAAGGUCCAUCUGGAAGUUUUACCUUGACUUGACCCAUCCUGUGGAAGAUGGAAUCUUCGAUUCUGGGAAUUUUGAACAAUUCCUAAAGGAGAAGGUUAAGGUCAAUGGAAAAACUGGAAACUUGGGCAACACUGUUCAUAUUGAACGCCUGAAGAACAAGAUCACGGUGACAUCCGAGAAGCAGUUUUCUAAAAGGUACCUAAAAUACCUCACCAAGAAGUACCUCAAGAAGAACAACCUGCGUGACUGGCUUCGUGUUGUUGCAUCUGACAAGGAGACCUAUGAACUACGCUACUUCCAAAUCAGCCAAGAUGAAGAAGGAUCGGAGUCUGAGGAAUAAUUAAAACUUAGCUUUUUACUAUACGCAGUGUACAAAAGACAAGAACAUCUAUUUAUAAGAAUACUUAACUUAUUGGUGAAUAAAGACUUUGUACCCUGUUUGACAGAGCAUGGUUAUAGUUUUUCUAGCCUUUUUUCUAAGUUCUAAUUAAAACCAGCAUGGAGAA